CGUAGACAGACGUUUCGACACGUUGGCGCGUGCGUGGAUUUCAGUGCGAUGCUAACGGUCGUAUGUUUACAUAUGCACGAUUGAAGUAACGAUAUAGGGACUCAUUUCGACUGUAUGUGUUGUGAUUAGUGGGUCGAUGAACUGUUGACCGACCGUUUAGAUGUCUAAACUAGGGGUUGAUAAAUAAGCGUUGCUAUGACGAUGCUUGCGAUGGCUCGAGGGUCAGAGGAGAGAAGAGAUGACGACGUGGAAAAUGAAGGAGAGGCGAACGGCGAGGUAGAUGUCGUUGGGGUUGAGGAGGCCGCGCCGGUGGACCUGACCAGGCGUUUGGGGUUAACGAGACCCCCCGAGAGGCCAGCCAUAGCGUUCUCGGUUGAGAACAUUCUGGAUCCCACGAAGUUCACGGGGCGGACCGAAGUUCCGAUGAGAUAUGAUGAGACGUAUUGGAGGCCGCAUUACGACAGAGAUGACAGUGAUUCUGUCAAAGACCACCUCCAGCAUUCAGACCUCGAAGCAGAUGACGUCGAAACAGAUGAUCAAACAUCCAAUAUGGAUGACGAUAUCCUCACUCAGUCGGAUCUGGAUGAAAAUGGCGAUCCAAAAAGCCCAAGUUCUAGUUCCAAAAAGGGGAAAAGUUCCCGCGACUCGAAGGGAGGAACUAAGCCAAGGAGAGCGAGAACUGCCUUCACGUAUGAACAGCUGGUGUCUUUGGAGAAUAAAUUCAAGACCACUAGGUACUUGUCGGUGUGCGAGCGGCUAAACCUUGCUUUGAGUCUCAGCUUGACGGAGACGCAGGUCAAAAUCUGGUUCCAAAACCGUCGCACGAAAUGGAAAAAGCAGAAUCCUGGGAUGGAUGUCAACAGUCCCACAGUUCCUCCACCCUCAGCAGGUGGCUUUGCUUCUGGACCUUACCCUGGAGGUCUGCUAUAUCCCCACGGAGUUCCGUAUCCGUUCACAGGACCUGGGCCCUACGCACCCUAUUUCCAUCACCUAGCAGCGAAUCAUCACCACUCGCAUGGAUCUCUGGGUCACUCUCAUACGUGAUUAUGGUCACGACCUGGGUCUGAUCACCCGAGGGUCGAUAAAGAAAAUGAAAGUGGACUGUCUAAUUAGCAGUGCUUGUACUCGUUCUGUUUUGAGGGUCCGAUUUAGAGGCAGAAUUCACCCAGAAUCACACGAACUGUAGACUUCCUGAAAUAUGUGAAUAUUGUUUUAUAAGCCUUCUAUCGUUUUCCAACACAACGCUAAGAUUCUAAUUUUUUACUAUUUGUUGAAUAAAGUUAGGUAAAUCAAUACUUUCUCACAAUGUUUAGCAGCUCCGACUUACAGAAACUACCCGUUGAGUUUUCGCGAUAUUACUACAAAUUAAGUAAUUUGUUUCGUUACAUAUUAUUUCAAUUUCGGUACUUAAAUCAACUUUUAAAUCCUAUUAUUGUAGUAUUUCAAGGCUCUUAAUUUUCAUUUGUCUUACUCCUUUAAUAAUUUUGUACGAUUUCUUGUACGAUCUACCUUCAAUACGAUUAUAAAAACUAACGACUUACGAUGAUGACUUCUAAAUUUACU